ACAUAUUGCCUAAAAAAGCUUCAAUCACAUGUAAACAAUUUUUUUUCUCUAAAUAAUUGGUGAGUGUUGUAUUGGGAAAAUGAACCAACCCAUCACUAGCAUCAUAAAAAAAGGAACAAUUGUUCAAAUAAUACAGCCAAUCAUUCUAAAAAUGCAUGAAGUGGGUUGGAGGCAAGGCAUGAGACAUUUUCAAUGAAUCAAAUCGCAGCUAUUCCCACUCACGAGAGGAAAAGAGGGGCACAUAACAUCUUAAUUAAUUUAAAAUACGCAAUUUGUCCCUUAUAAUUACCUAAUCUGGUCAACAAAUUUGCAGUCACAGUCAACACCAAUCAAAAAUGGGCUCUGAAUCUCAAUCUCCAUCUCCCACACUAGACCUUCUCAAGGAACAAAUCCCAGUGAAACAACAACCUCUUCUUCUCACUAACAACCUCAAAACCGGCCUCGUCCUCGUUGAUAUUAUUAACGGUUUCUGCACUGUCGGAUCUGGCAAUUUCGCGCCGAAAGAACCAGAUGAACAAGUUAAUAAAAUGGUGGAAGAAUCUGUGAGGUUAUCAAAGAUUUUUGCUGAGAAGAAUUGGCCAAUUUUUGCUUACCUUGAUUGUCAUCACCCUGAUGUUCCUGAACCUCCUUAUCCUCCUCACUGUCUUAUUGGAUCCGACGAAACAAAAUUGGUUCCUGAACUAGUGUGGUUGGAAAAUGAGCCAAAUGCAACGCUCAGGCGCAAAGACUGUAUUGAUGGAUUUAUUGGUUCAUAUGAGAAAGAUGGGUCUAAUGUCUUUAUUGAUUGGGUGAAAAGUAAUCAGAUAAAGCAAGUUUUGGUUUGUGGGAUAUGCACUGAUAUAUGUGUGCUGGAUUUUACCUGUUCGGUUUUGUCUGCGAGGAACCGCGGAUUCCUUUCUCCUCUGGAAAAUGUGAUUGUGGCCUCCCAAGCUUGUGCUACUUACGAUCUUCCACUACAUGUAGCCAAAGCUGGCAAAGACCUGGUAUCCCAUCCACAGGCAGUAAUGCAUCAUGUUGGCCUUUAUAUAGCAUGGGGAAGGGGAGCCCAGAUAGUAUCAGAUGUGUCAUUUGAAUAGUGGAAGCAGCAUUAAGUGUUGGACUGUUGGUAUAUAAAUAAAUGCUUAUGUUAUUAUCUUUAAAUAACAAGUUUGGCUUGGCAUUUAAAAAAUUCCUUCAAUGAAAAGUGUCUCUGGAGGGAAAAGUGUCUCUUGAAGUUUGUUCUGUAUUGAUAAAAAUCUCCAGCAGACACACACUUAGGUCUUAUUAAUAAAUAAUGUUAUUGAAAUGUGUUUAUGCUGGUUGGUAUACUUGUACUGGGUAUUUGGCUUUGUUCUCAAUCUAUUAACAUAAGUUUUAUAAUAUUGUUUGGAUGAA